CACACGUGUUUGAGUUUCAUAACGCAUAUUGUUUUCAAUCUUUAAUUUUACGGAUUUCCCGCCCCUCAUCCCCUCCCUCUCUCAUUCGAAAAACCAGUACCAAGACCACUUGAAAAUUCAUAAAAAAAAAGUAUUUUUCCCCUUCGUUUUUCUUUUCCAAUCAAAUAUGAAAACAAAUCGAAAGCUCAAGAGAUCAGAUCCAGCAUCAUCAAAGCUGGUUUUGAAAGAGGUUAUUGGAUUAACAACGAAGAAUGCUAACGGAUUAGCUUCCAGCGUCUUAACCUCGACCUGCGUUUACGUGGCCGGUUGCGUUGCGGUGGUCUACGAUGCGGAGUCUGGAACUCAAUCGCAUCUCAUGGUCGCUCAUCGAAUGCCUAAACCUUUGAGCUGUGUCGCCGUCUCUCGUGAUGGCCGCUUGGUAGCUGCGGGAGAGUCAGGGCAUCAACCUUCAGUGUUAGUAUGGGACUGUGUGACUCGUGCCUUCAUAUCUGAACUGAAAGGUCAUCUGUAUGGAGUUGAGUGCAUUGCUUUCUCACCCAAUGGGGAACAUCUGGUGUCUGUUGGAGGAUACAUUUACCUUUGGGAUUGGCGGAGUGGGAUUUUGGUUACAAAGCUCAAAGCAACUUCAUCUUGUUCUGCUGUUACGUCCGUCACUUUCUCUUCAGAUGCAAAAUACAUUAUUACUGCUGGAAAGAAGCACCUGAAAUUCUGGGCUGUUGGAGCAUCUCCAAGGACUCGUAUGAGCAAAGGGAUAAUGUCACUGUCUAUUCAUGCGAAGCCUAUUAAUCUUGGUCCUCAGAAAGGGAGUUCGUUUGUAUCGGUCACGUCCACCAUCAAGACUGAUGGUAGCGUUGUGAGCUCUGAUCAGGUUGAUGAGCUUUUUCCUAUAUUCGCGCUGACUGAUGCAGGAGUUGUAUGCCUCAUAGAUUCUAGGAUGUCUUUAAGAAAUUCGGUUGAUUUAAAGGUUGAAAAAGGAUUUGCACUAUCUGCAUCCAGCAACUUAAUUGCUUGUGCAUGCAGUAAUGGACUAGUACAACUCUUUAAUGUUGAGGAUCUCAGAUAUGUGGGAAGUCUACUGUAUUCUAAGGCCAAAACAUGCCAUGGAGAAAUUGAUCUUUUUGGCCCUAAAGCCAGUGAAAAAAAUUUUCAAUCAGCUCCUACUCUUCCUGAUGCAAUUGCUUGUCAGUUCAUCUCAGAAAAGCUUGUCGUUGUCUAUGGAGAUCAUAGUCUCCAUAUAUGGGAUUUCUAUGAAGAGAAUGAGGCUACCAGGUCCUUUGUUCUUAUUUCUCACUCUGCUUGUAUAUGGGAUAUCAAAAAUCUGUGUUGUGAAAACAUGCACGAUUCAUCUCUUAUGUGCUCGGCUAAGGGAUGUUCUGGAGGAGUCUCCUUUGCAACAUGUUCAGCUGAUGGCACAAUUAGGUUAUGGGAUCUUGUCCUGCAACCUGAUUUAUUAAGGGAUACUUUUGACAAUAAUUCUUUGAUCACUGAAUCAGUGGGGACUAUGAAUAUAGUAAGUGCAGGAAGUUUUGAAAUUGCCACUGCAGAUACGACUUUGGGAAAUCAAGGUUUCCGCUCAAUGGCAGUUAGUUCAGAUGGAAAGUACAUGGCUGUUGGUGAUUGUGAGGGAAACCUUCAUAUCUAUGAUCUUCACAAUUUUGAUUAUACAUGCAUUAAGGAUUCUCAUGAUGCAGAGAUUCUCUCAUUGAGUUUUAGCUUGUCGAGGACAAAGGGUGUAGAUUCUGUGGGAGACACAGAAAAUCAUUACUUGCUUGCUUCUGGGGGACGGGAUCGAAUAAUCCAUCUUUACGAUGUUAAAAGGAAUUUUGAUCUCAUUGAAAGUAUAGAUGACCAUUCAGCUGCUGUGACUGCUGUCAAACUUGCUUGCAAUGGAUGUAAGGUUCUGAGUUGCAGUGCUGAUAGGUCCCUUGUGUUCCGUGAUGUCAGUUUAACGGAUAGCAGAUGUAAGAUUUCACGUCGUCACCAUCAAAUGGCAUCUCAUGGAACUGUCUAUGAUAUGUCUGUAGAUCCACUGAUGGAGGUUGUCGUCACUGUUGGGCAGGAUAAGAAGAUAAACAUAUUUGACAUUGUUAGUGGAAAGCUUACCAGAUCAUUCAAGCUAAAUAAAGACUUUGGUGACCCAAUAAAGGUUACAAUGGACCCUAGCUGCAGCUACAUCAUAUGUUCAUUUUCAAACAAGUCUAUAUGCGUGUAUGAUUUUAUGAGCGGAGAGAUGAUUGCUCAAGCUGCAGGACAUGGAGAAGUUGUGACGGGUGUAAUUUUUUUACCAAAUUGCAAGCAUAUAGUUUCUGUAGGCGGUGAUGGUUGUAUAUUUGUGUGGCAACUUCCUUCUCGCUUGGCUUCCAGGAUGUUACAGAAAGUUAAGGAAAAUUCUGUUUCAUUAUCUCCAAUUACCCCAGCGCUGCCGGUGGCUUUUAGUCAAGCAAUAAUUUGUGGAGAGAUCUGUGGAGAGGUAGACCAGCCAUGCAGAAUUGAUUCCAAAGAUUCGUUGCCAGCUGAGAGCUCCAGUCAACUCAAACAAAGAGCUACUUAUCAUGGAUGGAAUUCUCAAGAGACCUAUGCAUUUAAAUUAAGCAUUUCUAGACUUCCAAAAUGGGCGCAAGACAAAGUAACAAGCUCUGAUUUUGUCCAGAGAAAUCUUGAGUUCACUUCACCCCAGGAAAAGCAAGUAGAACCAAAAACUUCAUCACCUUUGAUUAGCAAUGGUGGGAGUCAUGAUUCAUUGUGCCACGAAUAUCAAACUCCAACUGGUCAUUGUUCAGGAGGCAGCAACUCGUGCCUCAGUCGCCUAUGCAAAAGUUCUUCCAAUUUUAGUAAAAGCAGAAGUUCUGCAUCACCAGAAGAGCUUGCAAGCCGCUCUGCCACAGAAGAUCAUUGGUUCACUAUCUAUAAUGUACGUCUGGAUCUUCUGAAUUCCCCAGAGGUUCAAAAUCUGAAAGAUGUAAAGAUGGCAGUGUCAUCACCAAAGUUGGUGCAAGGCCUAGCUGAGAUACCAAGUGAGAGUGAACAUUCUUUAGGUAAUAGGGGUGAACAUACUUGUCUUAGGAGUUUUGAUUUGCUGAGCAAGGAUCAGAAUAGUAUUCUUGGCACGGAGGGUAGAAAAGUUUACCGCGAGGUAGUUUCUGAUGUGUUGCAUUCUGAAAAAACAGAGCAAGACGCUAUGGAUGUUAAUGCCUUCCAUAUGAAGUCUGAGGACAGUGAUCUGUUCAAGGAGCAUUUUGGCAACCUGUCUGCAAUACUCAAGGUAGAGAAAAGGCAAUCAUCUACUAGAAGAAGAUACUCUUCUCAAUAUUUUGUACGGCGGGAUCAUUUUGUGGGCAGUAAAAGACUUUUUGAUACGUCUAUGCAAAACAUAGGUGUGUUAAACCUGGAGAAAGAAUCUGCCAUCAAUGUCACUUUGGAGGAUCCUGUGUUCCAGGAACAGCAAGUGGACCUAAACUCAACAGAAUGCCUGCUUACCCCAAGUUCUCCUUCUCGAGAUGGAAAGGAUAAAGAGGAUUCAUCAACCAUUGAAGAAACCAUGGCUGAUCAAAAGCCAUAUGCUGAUGGAGAAAGUGAAGCAGUACGGGAGAAAAUCACUGCAUGUAGGGAAGCAUUACUCAGCCUGGAUGCUGCUGCCGAGGAUGUUUUCCAGUUAUUUGCAAAAUUAGGCACAGAAUUCCCUAUUGAAGAGUUUUCAAGUGCAUCUGGAGCUCAGUUAUACGAUGAAGCAACUGAACUACUCCCAAAGAUUGCUGAAAAAGUCAAUGCUGUAGCUGAAUUGGUACAAAAUAAUAAUACUAGCAACAUAAGUUCAUCCAGAAAUAGUGUCGAAGGCUCAACAUUCGAACCCUUGUUAGGAACACUGGCUGAGAGCCUCUCAAAAAAGUUUGUUGAAAUACUAAAACAGAAUCUCGCCACUGUUUAA